UUCUACCCACCAUAGGUUUCUGGGAACGGAAACCAUCGUGUAAUCUUUACUGCUUUCCCCAUUUUCGUGCAAAUUUCAGGCGAUUUGGCGGAAAUCUGAUCUUAUCCUCUACGAAUUCGCUGCUGUAUGAAAACCCGUUCGUGUCGGACUGAAAUUGGGAAUCCAUUUUGAUCCCUGAAAAUGGUAUUAACGUUGUACACAUCGGUUACGGUUUCGUCGUUGACUCGUCUGUCUAGUUCGCCGAAGCUUUUCUCCCCGUUUAGAAUCCGAUUCAAAGUGUCUCCCGGACUCCAGUUUCUGCCAUUAACACGUCCUCUGAAGCUUCGAGUGACCAGCAAGCGGGGGCUCUGUAGCAUUCGCUGUUACAAGGACAAUACGCCUGAAGAAUCUGCUACAAAAGAUAAGGGAUUAAAUUGGCCAGUAUUGAAACGAUGGGAAGUUCCCUGGAAUUGGCAGACAAUCUCUCUGACUUCACUUGCAUGUGGAUUGAGUUUUGUUUUGACAGGACUGAUUGAGGCAGUAGCAUUACAAUACUCGGGCCUUAAAGUGGAAGAGCUGAGUUUGGAUCAAAAGGCUGAAAUUCUGUUUUUAGACCAAGGCAUUGCAACUACAGUGGUUCUUGCAGUACUCUACAGUCUGACAAAGUCAUUUUCUCCCCUUCCAGACGAUAUAUAUCAAUACGAUUGGAGGGAGCCUUUCAAUCUUCAGAAAGGUUGGUUGUUAUGGGCUGGAGUCGGUCUUGGUGGAGCUCUAGCUGCUAUUGCAUUGACAGGAUUUGCAUUAUCUUUUUUCAGCGGUGAAACACCACAGAGAGAGACAGAUGCCCUUGUCCGCUUACUUCCAUUGAUCGGAUCUUCAGCCAUCAGCACCGCCUGCUUGGUGGGCAUUACAGGGGUGCUUGCUCCAAUCCUCGAGGAAACUGUAUUUAGAGGGUUUUUCAUGGUCUCGCUGACCAAAUGGUUGCCGACGCCGCUCGCCGUACUUCUUAGUGCUGCUGUAUUUGCAGUAGCACACCUCACUCCCGGAGAAUUUCCUCAGCUGUUUGUUCUUGGAAUUGCGUUGGGGUUUUCUUACGCCCAAACGCGUAACCUUCUGACACCCAUCACGAUUCACGCCUUUUGGAACUCGGGAGUUAUCUUGCUCCUCACCUUCCUUCAGCUCCAAGGGUACGAUAUCAAGGAAUUAUUACAAGCUUAUUGAUGAUAUGAUCGAAAAGAUCAGACAUAAACACUGCUGCAACCAUUUUGUAAAUCUAAUUUAACAACUGUUGCAGAGUAUGAUCUGUAUCUGUUAUAAAAGUGUCAUUGUUAGGAAUUUGAAUCUCAAGAAUGUGAUAUUUAAAUUUAAAUUGUUGAGGAACAUGUUGGAGAAGUUUAGUUGUGUGCAAAUAGAGAUCUUGUUUUGACUA